UGCGGGCAGCGGCGGCGGGAGGGCGAGUGUCGGGGCGCGCGGCGCCGUGUCCCCGGGAACUUCCCCCGCUCGGGGCCCGUGCUCCGACUCCCCGCGCCGCGGGACCCCCGGGCCGGCCGCGGGUGGCCGCGGCACCAUGAGGCGGCCGAGGGGCGCGCUGCUGCCGCCGCUGCUGCUGCUGCUGCUGCUGGGCGCCCUGCUCCUCGCGCACGGCCUUGCUGGCAGCCCUGAAUGCGCUUGUGGCCGGAGCCACUUCACGUGUGCAGUGAGUGCCCUCGGCGAGUGUACCUGCAUCCCCGCCCAGUGGCAGUGUGAUGGAGACAACGACUGUGGCGACCACAGCGACGAGGAUGGAUGCAUGCUACCCACCUGCUCCCCGCUCGACUUCCACUGCGACAACGGCAAGUGCAUCCGCCGCUCCUGGGUGUGUGAUGGCGACAAUGACUGUGAGGACGACUCGGACGAACAGGACUGCCCCCCCCGGGAAUGCGAGGAGGAUGAGUUCCCCUGUCAGAAUGGCUACUGCAUCCGGAGCCUGUGGCACUGUGACGGGGACAACGACUGCGGGGACAACAGUGACGAGCAGUGUGACAUGCGCAAGUGCUCCGACAAGGAGUUCCGCUGCAGUGAUGGCAGCUGCAUCGCCGGCCACUGGUACUGUGACGGGGACACGGACUGCAAGGAUGGCUCCGACGAGGAGAGCUGCCCCUCGGCAGUGCCCGCGCCCCCUUGCAACCUGGAGGAGUUCCAGUGCGCCUAUGGCCGCUGCAUCCUGGAUAUCUACCAUUGCGACGGGGACGACGACUGCGGGGACUGGUCGGACGAGUCUGACUGCUCCUCCCAUCAGCCCUGCCGCUCCGGGGAGUUCAUGUGCGACAGUGGCCUGUGCAUCAAUGCCGGCUGGCGCUGUGAUGGAGACGCAGACUGUGACGACCAGUCGGAUGAGCGCAACUGCACCACCUCCAUGUGCACGGCCGAACAGUUCCGCUGUCGCUCGGGCCGCUGCGUCCGCCUGUCCUGGCGCUGUGACGGGGAGGACGAUUGUGCCGACAACAGCGAUGAAGAGAACUGUGAGAACACAGGGAGCCCCCAGUGUGCCUCCGACCAGUUCCUGUGUUGGAACGGGCGCUGCAUUGGGCAGAGGAAACUGUGCAACGGGGUGAAUGACUGCGGUGACAACAGUGACGAAAGUCCGCCACAGAACUGCCGGCCGCGGACGGGCGAGGAGAACUGCGGCGUUAACAAUGGUGGCUGUGCCCAGAAGUGCCAGAUGGUGCGGGGGGCGGUGCAGUGUACCUGCCACACGGGCUAUCGGCUCUCAGAGGAUGGGCGCACCUGCCAGGAUGUGAAUGAGUGCGCUGAGGAGGGCUACUGCAGCCAAGGUUGCACCAACAGCGAAGGCGCCUUCCAGUGCUGGUGCGAAGCCGGCUACGAGCUCCGGCCUGACCGACGCAGCUGCAAGGCCCUGGGGCCGGAGCCGGUGCUACUGUUCGCCAAUCGCAUCGACAUCCGGCAGGUGCUGCCGCACCGCUCCGAGUACACGCUGCUGCUCAACGACCUGGAGAACGCCAUCGCCCUAGAUUUCCACCACCGGCGCGAGCUGGUCUUCUGGUCCGACGUCACCCUGGACCGCAUCCUCCGGGCCAACCUCAACGGCAGCAAUGUGGAGGAGGUGGUGUCCACGGGGCUGGAGAGUCCAGGAGGCCUCGCUGUGGACUGGGUCCACGACAAGCUCUAUUGGACCGACUCGGGGACAUCAAGGAUCGAGGUGGCCAAUCUGGACGGAGCCCACCGGAAAGUACUUUUGUGGCAGAACCUGGAGAAGCCGCGUGCCAUUGCCUUGCACCCGAUGGAGGGGACCAUCUAUUGGACGGAUUGGGGUAACACACCCCGCAUUGAGGCCUCCAGCAUGGAUGGUUCCAGGCGCCGCAUCAUUGCUGAUACCCAUCUCUUCUGGCCCAACGGCCUUACCAUAGACUAUGCCGGGCACCGCAUGUACUGGGUAGAUGCCAAACACCACGUCAUCGAGAGGGCCAAUCUGGAUGGGAGUCACCGAAAGGCUGUCAUUAGCCAGGGCCUUCCACACCCCUUUGCCAUCACGGUAUUUGAAGACAGCCUGUACUGGACAGAUUGGCACACCAAGAGCAUUAAUAGUGCCAACAAAUUUACUGGCAAGAACCAAGAGAUCAUUCGCAACAAGCUCCACUUCCCCAUGGACAUCCACACCUUGCACCCUCAACGCCAGCCUGCAGGCAAGAACCGCUGUGGGGACAACAAUGGAGGCUGCUCGCAUCUGUGCCUGCCCAGCGGCCAGAACUACACGUGUGCCUGCCCCACAGGCUUCCGCAAGAUCAGCAGCCACGCCUGUGCCCAGAGUCUUGACAAGUUCCUGCUUUUUGCCCGAAGGAUGGACAUCCGUCGGAUCAGCUUCGACACCGAGGACCUGUCUGACGACGUCAUCCCACUGGCUGACGUGCGCAGUGCUGUGGCCCUCGACUGGGACUCCCGGGACGACCACGUGUACUGGACGGAUGUCAGCACCGACACCAUCAGCAGGGCCAAGUGGGAUGGAACCGGGCAGGAGGUGGUGGUGGACACCAGUUUGGAGAGCCCCGCAGGCCUGGCCAUUGAUUGGGUCACCAAUAAGCUAUAUUGGACAGAUGCAGGGACAGACCGGAUCGAAGUGGCCAACACGGAUGGCAGCAUGAGGACAGUGCUCAUUUGGGAGAACCUGGAUCGGCCCCGGGACAUUGUGGUGGAACCCAUGGGCGGGAACAUGUACUGGACUGACUGGGGUGCCAGCCCCAAGAUCGAGCGCGCGGGCAUGGAUGCCUCGGACCGCCAGGUCAUCAUCUCCUCCAACCUGACCUGGCCCAACGGCUUGGCCAUCGACUACGGCUCUCAGCGGCUGUACUGGGCUGAUGCGGGUAUGAAGACCAUCGAGUUCGCCGGGCUGGAUGGCAGCAAGAGGAAGGUGCUGAUUGGAAGCCAACUCCCCCACCCAUUCGGGCUGACCCUGUACGGAGAACGCAUCUAUUGGACCGACUGGCAGACCAAGAGUAUCCAGAGCGCGGACCGGCUCACGGGACUCGACCGAGAGACGCUGCAGGAGAACUUGGAGAACCUCAUGGAUAUUCAUGUCUUCCACCGCCAGCGGCCCCCUGUGUCCACACCCUGCACCGUGGGGAAUGGCGGCUGCAGCCACCUGUGCCUUCGAUCCCCCAAACCAAGCGGCUUCAGCUGUACCUGCCCCACGGGCAUCAACCUGAGGCCUGAUGGCAAGACCUGCUCCCCAGGCAUGAACAGUUUCCUCAUCUUCGCCAGGAGAAUCGACAUCCGCAUGGUUUCCUUGGACAUCCCUUACUUUGCCGACGUGGUGGUGCCGAUCAACAUUACCAUGAAGAACACCAUUGCCGUUGGAGUGGACCCCCAGGAAGGGAAAGUGUACUGGUCAGACAGCACACUGCACCGGAUCAGCCGCGCCAAUCUUGACGGCUCCCAGCACGAGGACCUCAUCACUACAGGCCUGCAGACCACAGACGGGCUUGCCGUGGAUGCUAUUGGCCGGAAAAUCUACUGGACGGACACGGGCACCAACAGGAUUGAAGUGGGCAACCUGGAUGGGUCCAUGCGGAAAGUACUGGUGUGGCAGAACCUCGACAGCCCCCGGGCAAUCGUUCUAUACCACGAGAUGGGGUUCAUGUACUGGACAGACUGGGGGGAGAACGCCAAGUUGGAGAGGUCUGGAAUGGACGGCUCCGACCGGACUGUGCUCAUCAGCAACAACCUGGGCUGGCCCAACGGACUCACUGUGGAUAAGGCUGGCGCCCAGCUGCUCUGGGCUGAUGCCCACACUGAGCGCAUCGAGGCUGCAGAUCUGAACGGAGCCAAUCGGCACACGCUGGUGUCCCCCGUCCAGCACCCCUACGGCCUCACCCUUCUGGGCUCCUACAUCUACUGGACGGACUGGCAGACCCGCAGCAUCCACCGCGCUGACAAGGGCACCGGUGGCAACGUCAUCCUGGUGCGAUCCAACCUGCCGGGCCUCAUGGACAUCCAGGCGGUGGACCGCACGCAGCCGCUGGGCUUGAACAAGUGCGGCUCCAGGAAUGGCGGCUGCUCCCACCUCUGCCUGCCUCGGCCCUCUGGCUUCUCCUGUGCCUGCCCCACCGGCAUCCAGCUGCGCGGUGACCGGAAGACCUGCGAUCCCUCCCCUGAGGCCUACCUGCUCUUCUCCAGCCGCGGCUCCAUCCGGCGGAUCUCGCUGGACACCAAUGACUACACCGACGUGCACCUGCCCAUCCCCGAGCUCAACAAUGUCAUCUCCCUGGACUACGACAGUGGGGACGGGAAGGUCUACUACACCGAUGUGUUCCUGGACGUGAUUAGGCGAGCAGAUCUGAAUGGCAGCAAUAUGGAGACGGUGAUCGGCCGUGGGCUGAAGACCACCGAUGGACUGGCAGUGGACUGGGUGGCCAGGAAUCUGUACUGGACAGACACGGGCCGAAACACCAUCGAAGCCUCGAGACUGGAUGGCUCCUGCCGCAAAGUGCUGAUUAACAAUAGCCUGGAUGAGCCGCGAGCCAUUGCUGUCUUCCCCAGGAAGGGGUACCUCUUCUGGACCGACUGGGGUCAUAUCGCCAAGAUCGAGCGGGCGAACCUGGAUGGCUCCGAGCGGAAGGUCCUCAUCAACACGGACCUGGGAUGGCCCAAUGGCCUUACGCUGGACUAUGACACCCGCAGGAUCUACUGGGUGGACGCGCAUCUGGACCGGAUAGAGAGCGCUGACCUCAACGGGAAGCUCCGGCAGGUCCUCGUCAGCCAUGUGUCGCACCCCUUCGCUCUAACUCAGCAGGACCGGUGGAUCUACUGGACAGACUGGCAGACCAAGUUGAUCCAGCGUGUUGACAAAUACUCAGGGCGGAACAAGGAGACAGUGCUGGCCAAUGUGGAGGGGCUCAUGGAUAUCAUCGUGGUGUCGCCUCAGCGGCAGACAGGAACCAACGCCUGUGGUGUGAACAAUGGUGGCUGCACCCACCUCUGCUUUGCCAGGGCCUCCGAUUUUGUAUGUGCCUGCCCUGAUGAGCCCGAUGGCCGUCCCUGCUCCCUAGUUCCUGGCCUGGUGCCCCCAGCUCCCAGGGUGACAAGCAUGAGUGACAGGAAUCCUGUGCUACCCAACACACUCCCUACCACCCUGCACUCCUCUACCAGCCGAACCCACCCAUCCCUGGAAGAAGGAAGAUGCUCAGAAAAGGAUGCCCGCCUGGGCCUCUGUGCACAUUCCAAUGAGGCCAUACCUGCUGCGCCAGGGGAAGGACUUCACGUCAGCUAUGUCAUCGGAGGACUCCUCAUUAUUCUGCUGAUUCUGGUGGUGAUAGCUGCUUUGAUGCUGUACAGACACAAAAGAUCCAAGUUAACUGAUCCUGGAAUGGGGAACUUGACUUACAGCAACCCCUCCUAUCGAACUUCCACCCAGGAAGUGAAAAUCGAAACAAUCCCGAAACCUGCCAUGUACAAUCAACUGUGCUACAAGAAAGAGGGUGGGCCGGACCAUAACUACACCAAGGAGAAGAUCAAGAUAGUGGAGGGCAUCUGCCUCUUGUCCGGGGACGACGCCGAGUGGGACGACCUCAAGCAGCUCCGCACCUCCCGGGGAGGCCUUCUCCGGGAUCACGUGUGCAUGAAGACAGACACCGUGUCCAUCCAGGCCAGCUCCGGCUCCCUGGAUGACACGGAGACAGAGCAGCUGCUGCAGGAAGAGCAGUCAGAGUGCAGUAGCGUCCAUACCGCAGCUACUCCCGAGAGACGGGGCUCUCUGCCCGACACGGGCUGGAAACACGAACGCAAACUCUCCUCCGAGAGCCAGGUCUAAACGCCUGUGUUCCCUGCCCUCCCUGCCCGUUUCUUCUCCUUCGUGGACUCCCGGUCCUUGUGCUCGCUUAGCAGCAGGCCCUUCCCCCGGGUUUCUGCACUGCGCGCCUCCUCCCACCCCAUAGCUGCUCCCAAGCCCUCCUGGGGAGCCGUCUGCGGCCAAGUCCAUUACUAGCUGUACCCAAGAGAGAAGGUGCCACCU